UUCAGUUGUUAAGUUGUCUGCGUGCCAGCAGACCCCGCUCUACCCAUUUCCGGUCCCGGGGUGGUGGUGUGCAGAAGAAGAAGAGCUGACGUCACCACGCAACGUCAACAGGAAACACGAUUUUGAUCUGAUAGUUGAGCUGUUAGCUGACCGGAGCUAACGCGAGCUAAGCUCGCAGCGCGUUAGCUUUCACCAACAUGGAUGAUAACAAGAUGGUGGCUGGCAAAGUGAAAAAACCGGGGAAACGGGGCCGUAAACCGGCCAAGAUCGACUUGAAGGCCAAACUGGAGCGCAGCCGGCAGAGCGCCAGAGAGUGCCGGGCCCGCAAGAAGCUGCGGUACCAGUACCUGGAGGAGCUGGUCUCCAGCAAGGAGAGAGCCAUCUGCGCCCUGAGGGAGGAGCUGGAGAUGUACAAGCAGUGGUGCUCGGCCAUGGACCAGGGGAAGAUCCCCUCAGAGAUCAAAGCCCUGCUGACCGGAGACGAGCAGAAGAAUCCUCAAGGAGGAAGCAGCACCAAGCCUUCCCGGGGAAGCAAGAACAACAACAACAACAACAACAACAGCAGCUAGAUGGGGCCAUCUGAGGGGAGGCUGACCUAAAGACCCAAACUACCAUCCACCCAGCUACCAUACCUACCCUGAAACACAUGAAACGGUAUCUCUUAAAGUCUGCAGAUCAGAGGAAACUUCAGAAAGAACCUUUUGUGUCUCCUUCAUUCAGUCAUGUGAUUUAACAUCAAUACUUAUUUUUUAUUUUGCUCCUCGAACGUGAGGAAAAAUAAUUAAUAAGAAUGUUAACUGUUAAUAAAUGAAUGUCAACCGAUAACAACAUCAUUAGGAACAUGACAAAAUUUGUCUCAAACUUUAAUUAAUAGAAAGUCUUUUAGUGCAGUGAGAGGAAGGUCAUUAGCUGUCAGCUGCUGAGGGGGCGGGGCCAACAAACUAUUUAAUCAACCAUGAAGAGUCCUUCAUUGCAUUGUUUUAAGAAGAAAAGGAUUGAAAUCGUCUUUCUCAUUCUUCUACAUUCACAAUAUUAAAGUCUUGUUAAAACAUUUAUAGAUCAAAUCUUUCAAACUUUUUAAAUGAACAUCAUUCUACUUCGUUAAUCUCUCGUCGUUAUUCUUCAUCUUGAAGUGGCUCCUUUGAUCCAGAGUUAUUAUUUAUUGAUGAGUAGGUCACAUGACUAAUGGGUUAAGUGUGAGCACAAUAAUUGUACAGUGAUGCCGCAGUGUGUUGGAUAUAUUUUUGUAUUUGUAUAUUUUAUAUUUGAGCUCAUAGGAGGAAACCAUUGUGACGCUUCUCCUUAUUUCACUUUCAUUAAUAAACUUUGUGCACUUUGUUCUUUUUCUGCUGAAAAACUUUGUCAGGUGAUUUUAGUUUUGCGUCUUUGCAACAAUAACUGUCUGGAAAUAAAGAGUUCCUGUGUAAAGUCCC